AUGGAAGAAAACGCAUCGUCGGCGCGCUCGCGAAGGCGCAAGGCGGCCAUCGUCGUCUCAGACGAUGAUGCCCCCGAGGCCUCGUCGUCGACCACCAAAUCUCACAGCCGGAUCAAACGCGAGAGAAGGUCGAGCAUCAAUCGCGAUGCUGUUACGCCUCCGCUCGCAGACGAAGCACGCCGCAAGGUUCGCACCCGACGCAGCCCGGGCAAGGAUGCCUCGCCAUCAGCCAAGCAAAAUGCACCCAGCAAAGCCUCUUCCACUCAUGGUCAAGAGCACAUGCCGCCUCCAUCGGCCGCGAGCAACAUCCUCGACCACGACUCGAAUGAUUCGGACAACAAUCUCAUCGAGGUGGCGAAGCCUACGCGCCGCAAAGCACAGGCGGCUGCGUCAAGCACCGAGGAUCCCGAGACCAAACGCUCCGGCAAGUCGUCCUCUGCCGCCUCAACAGCCACAAAACAGUCGAUCGAUCUGGCGCGUCAACUCUUUGACGACGAAGACGGAGACAAUCAGGGCGACAAGGACGCAAAACAAGGGACCACCAGCGCUGCCGUGGCUUCCACCGGCAAACCCAGCGACGCCGGCAACUCUCACGAGGACGCCUCAGAGUCGGCUGCACCGUCACGCAAGCGCAGCCGCGCUGAAUCUGGCGGGUCCUCCAAGUCCGAUCGUCCGGCCGCUGACGGCUCGCGCACCAAUGCAGCAGACACCGUCUCGCUCCAGCUGCGCAUCCGUCAGCUCGAGAUGCAGCUCGCCGAGACCAAGACGCAAGUGGAGCAAGGCGCCGGCGUCAUCAGCCAGCAGCACACCAUCCUCAAGGAGCUCCACGGCCAGUGCAUCUGCCACAUCUGCAUCGAGCCCUCGUUCCGGCCGUGCGUGCUGGCGCCGUGCGGACACGUGUUUUGCAUCCACUGCCUGCGCGCCUGGUUCACCAAGCCGCUCGAAAGCGAGGCAGCACCACCGUCCGGCUGGUCGCAGACGCAGAUCGAUGCGUUCCUGCGUGCACGCACGCUGAAGCGGCGCAAGAUCUGCCCUUCGUGCCGCACCGAGCUCGCAUGCCCGCCCGUCGAGGUGUUUCUGGUGCGCGACAUGCUCGAAAAGGUGGACGAAGGCCUCAAGCUCAGCAAGGAGGCGCCGCUAGAUUCGGACAUGGCCGAGUCGAGCAGUGCGAUCCUGUCGGCGGACGACAAAGUGCGGCUCAAGGGCGAGGAUCUGCCCAAGGGCGCCAAGCUGUGGGCGGACAUCUUUAGCGAGGAUGGACCCCGCCGCAUCAUCUACGACGAGGUCGACGGCGUGCCGCGCUGCGGCAGCUGUGGAUGCGAGAUCUACGACGGGAGGUGCAGCAACCCUUCGUGCGAGAUCGACUAUGACUCGCUGUCGGACUACGACGACUUCCGGCUGCCUCACGACGACAUGUACGAGGGCAUGGACAGCGAGGACGACGACGGCUACGGCGACGGAGGCGGCGCUCGACGCAACGAUCCGCUUGGACGACGCCUCGCCGAGUUUGAGGCGCGCCACGGAGGGACCGAGGAUGUGGACGGCGAUGCGGUGCGAAGGCGCUCGGAGGGCGACCAUGGCGAGCAUAUGAUCAUGGAUGGGGUGCACCGCAGGGACUCGAGCUGGACCGACGACGACGAUGAGGAGAUGGACGACUUCAUUGUUCGCGACGCGGACGAGUCGGACUAUGGCAGCUACGAGCAUGAGGACGAAGGAUACUUUGGGCCCGCAAACAACUACUUCCAUCCGGACUAUGAUCAAUUCGGACCCGGUGGACGCAAUGAGUACCACUCGGGCUCGGAAGACGCCGAGGAGUGGGAGGAAGCCGAGGAGGAGGACGACGACUUUUUACCCGGCCCAAGGCGCGGUGGGCAAGCGUCUGCGAUCGAGAUCUCGGACGACGAGGGCGACGAGGACGACUCUGGGAAGGAGACGGACUCGGAGGUGGAGUACGCCGGGCGAGGUGCAGGUGGACGCGGGCGCGUGGUGGACGACGAUGACGAGGGCAGCGGCAGCGACGAGGAGAUGGAAGCGAGGGAGAUGGGCAGCAGUGGCGACAGUGCGCUGCGCCGCCGACGUGCGCGCAUCGUUGACGACGAAGACGACGAGGAGGCCGAGUCGGACGAUGACGACUAG